AUGAGAAGCCGGCAGUUUCGCCUGAUGCAACGUCGCCCACUUCUGGGUCGCAAAUCUGUAAGUUCUAGCCAUGCAUACUACCCACCAGGCAUUGACCAUGUCGCUUUGUUAGAUGGAGGAUCGGAACCUGGACUCAAGUUCUGCUCGUACUGUAUCAGAACCAAGAAAGUUUGCAGUCUGAACCCACAGUGGGGAAAGACUCGUUCAAGGUCUCGAGUUAGUGAGACCGGGUCAAGCAUCACCAGUACCUCUGAUAGUUCUCAGAGCAAGAGGAAGCGUAACGAGUCUCCCGCUACCACUACUGCUCCUUCACUCACCGCAAAGUAUUGCGACAUCACCGCAGCGAACAUGCUGCAAAUGAUUCAGGACUCUACACCAGGGCAAGGUCUAUCCUGGAACAACCCCUUCACCAACACAGAUAUCCCUUCCUUUCUCUCCAUGGAUACAACCCUCGACGCUCAAAGCCUUGCAAUGAGCUUCUCUAGUCCAGACAGUGCUUCGCAUGCAGUAGCGCAGGAUGGUAUUGAUGAAUCGCUGCCUGAACUCACAAAGCAAACUUCACAUGCAGCAACCGACGCCCUGGACAACGCGACAUCUUAUUCAGGCUCACAAGACUUUGACAUCAACAAUCUCUGGGACUUGGACUUCUCAGACAUCAACUCUGCGCCUCUCGAGACAUUAUCAUCCACGGAAACUCCGGCCUAUGGACAAAAGGCUAUUCAGGUGAAGCGUAGAGCCCGUUUGCCUUCGAAUGACUGGUCUGGCUAUCCCAACUUCUCACCAUCGCCAUUUACCAGCGACUCUCUUAUCAUGCAAACCUCAAACCGAUACAUGAUCACCGAAAGUCUCCUUCAGAUAUAUCAUGAUGUCCUGGAGAACAACCUUGCUUGCUGGCUAGCUGAAGAAAACUGCCCUUACAAGUUGCAAGUUGUCGCUCGCACUAGUCCACCACCAGAACCCAAGCUAGGUGCAACUCCAGGACCUUCCAGACAGAAACCGAAUCUUCCGCCAGAAUGGGGCGCCGCUUGGUCGAAUAGGAUGUAUCGUCGCGUUGUGGAACUAGAUCGAGCCGCUCAGUCGGCGAGGUUGAUCGACCUGACAAGGUCCGAAAGUCAAGCAGCAUCUCGGGUACUAGACCUAGUCAUAAUGGCUUUCACAACCCAAUGGGCGCAAGGCAACCGUCGACAAGAACGGUUCUCCAUGGGGGGGAAUGACUUUACCACUGAAGCGGAUGACCUAGCUGACGCUCUGAAUCAAGAGUUUGAGGAAAGUUUACAGCAGUCAGUAUGGGAGCAAGCAAAGAGGGCACUUCAGGACGUCGUUGAUGUCGAGUCAUAUCGUGUCAUAUACGCUGAACUCAUCUUUGGUCUAACACAAAAGCCUUGGGCCAGUGACGAGUACCAACAAAAGUCCUUUGGAUCCAAAAAAGGAAAAAGUGGUAAAGGCAUCAAAGAGAAUGCGAUGCCGGAGAUUAUCGAGAUCAUGUCGCAAGAAGGUCCUCAUAUUUACUUGGAGCGAGCCACGAGGAAGAUUCACGCACUCAAGUUCAGGUUUGAAGCUAGUGAAUCUGGCUUCACAGAGACUAGCAAGAAAUAUUCUCCUCGGCGAUUAACCGAGGAGAACAGACGGACCAUUGGAUUACUUUACUGGCUCGCUGUCAUGUUUGAUACAGUCUCUUCAUCAAUGAAUGAACGGCCAGUUGCGUUGGCCGAUGAAGACUGUCAACAUGAAGAUGCAGAGCAAAUACUCGCAGACAGUAUGCGAGCGGCUCAGAAGAGCAGAAGAGGAAGUCAGCGAUGGGAAAUGGAACUCUUCAUCCAAGAUGAUGCAGCCAAGCCAACAGUCGGAACAAGGUGGCCAUGCUCAUAUGACGAUGCUAUGCAAAUGGUUGCCAAGUCAGCACCUGUCAAGAUCCUGAUCUAUCGACACUUGUCAUACCUUCAGAAUGCUUUGCGAAAACGAGAGUGUCCUCAAGCUAUUGAAGAGAUCAUCCAACAAACCACCCUCCUAUACCGGUACUGGAACAUGACGCACGGUGCCUUCUUCCGAGAUCUCAUCAGACAUUACGACACAGUUCCACCACGGAUCAGAAGUUGGUUCUUCUGCAUCGCAGUCCCAUGGCAUCUCGGCGCCCUUAUGCUCGCAGACGUCCUCGAAUUCAUCGACAAGAACAACUACGGCCUUGACCAAGCCCGUCAAAAGCGACUUAGCGGCAACGUCGCAGCACGAAUCCGCAAAGCCAGCGCAAUUGAACUCGCCGACCUCGCACAAGUAACUACACCGCGCCUAUUCCAAGAAGCUGGUAUAAAUGCCGCGCAACUUCCAGAUUACCAUUUUGCAAUGGGAGAUGAUAGAUAUGAGAGAUACUGGCGUGACUGGUGCGACGAAGCCAGAGACCGACAUCAUGUUGACAUACCUGUCGAGCCUGAUAAUCAAUAUAGUCCUAUGAGCAUUAGGAUAAGAGGGAAAAUUGUUUACUGUGCAUCUAAUACGUUCCGGAAGGGAACCCAAUACUUCUCCAAACCCCUUCUUACCUGUGCUUUAGGCUCCGAGGAACCCUUCAGUAUACCUCGCGGUAUUGCUGCUUUGUUGGAUGUCUGGCACUCAGAACCAAUCCUUUCGACGGACUUUGCCAGCAAGUGCGGCACGCCAACCGACCAUGAUUCACAAGAUAUUAUGCAUUGGCAAAUCCGCUACUUUAACCCAACGCUCGAAAGCAAAGAUCUUGGCACAAUCUACCGGACUAGCAAGAGACAAACUGUGACAGUUCAACAAGAAUUAAAAAAGACCUGCCUACAGGAAAAACGAGUCAGAAUAACCUUCCGAAGACUGAAAGAGGCACCGGAAAUCUUCAGCAUAUUUGCCUUUACAGAUGAAGACACAAGUCCAAAUACAUACAAACCCGAUGCGGGAUUUGACUUUGGAAAGCUAUUGGACCGUUAUGAUUACAGGAUUGAAGCUAGUGAUGCACUGCCGAUUGCGCACUAUCUUCACGAAGUCUGCAGGAUUUUUAAACUAUGUAUGGACGCUUGGGGGAAGACACUCGAUAUUAUAGAUGAGCUUGUCUAUAUCAAGCUAGGAGAUUUGGACAACGUGAAAAGAGUGGAGGAACUUAUGUUUGAUAGUUCUUUUAACCGCUCCAGGGACUAUUUUGUUGCCCUUCAAAUACUCAGGAUCAUUGACGAGUGGUUGGAUGAGGCUCGCUCAACUUUCCAAGACAUGUCGAAAAGCCCAAUAAUGGUAGAUUCGAGGGGGUUUUUAGAUAUAGCGAUGGAAUUCGUGGAAAUUCAUGCCAACACUGUCCAAUAUCGGGUUCGGGAUAAAAAAGAGGAGAUCAACAGUCUUCGGGAUGGUCCAUUCAACGCCACGUCUCUUCGAGAAUCAACCAAAGCUAUGGCGCUAAACCAGGCAAUCUAUGUCUUUACCGUGGUGACGGUUCUUUUCACACCAAUCAGCUUCUUAGCGAAGACUUUCUGGGCGUUGCCGUUCUUGAACAACCCGGCAGAGGGCACUGAUAUUGUUCCAGUGCCUGCAGCCUUUCGUAACAGCUUCAUUAUCAUGCCUAUCCUUACCUACGCUUUGGUGAUAGGCGUCGCGUGGUUCGUGGGACAACGAAACAGCGCCUAUACACUGUUGAGCAAGUUAAGAGAGCUUGGUGAAGCAGUUGGUCGUUCUCUGAGAUCAGGGUGGAACUUGCUUCCAAAGAAGGCAAAGAAGCGUCAUGGGAGUAGUUCUCCUCUCCCAUAA